AUUGUUACAUAGGUUAUUAAUUUUGUUAUUAGCUUUCUUUGAUAAAGACUAGUACUUCAAUUGGCAUUAUGUUUAUUUUUUUUACUAAUAAAAAUGUUUAAUUUUUGAAUGAUUUGCCAAACACUCAACAAUGACUGGGCGUAUAGCUUCUGCCUCAGUCAGAACAGUAUUAGGUGCCAAACAGUCAACAAAGGCUGCACUUAUUUUGACUCAAUCAGCUAAAGAACAACUGAAAAAAAUUCUUUUUGAAAAACCUGAUUGCAUUGGCCUCAAAAUAGGAGUCAAACAACGAGGUUGUAAUGGUUAUAGUUACAUUAUUGAUUAUGCUAAAGAAAAACAUAAAUUAGAUGAAGAAGUUGUUCAAGACGGAAUUCGAGUAUUUAUUGAUAGGAGAGCUCAAUUAACAUUACUUGGCACUGAAAUGGAUUAUGUUCAGUCAAAACUAUCAUCAGAGUUUGUAUUUUAUAAUCCUAACAUUAAAGGAACAUGUGGAUGCGGUGAAAGUUUUAACAUUUAAGCUCUGUUCAUUAAAUUUAUGGAUGUCAAUAAAUUUAAUAAGAUGAAUAUUUAAGAAGAAAUCUUUACAUAGUUUUUUUAUAAAAAUAGUAAAAAAUAUUAAAUAUGAUGUAAAUUUUGUACAGUGACA